GUUGGUAAACAAACGUGUUUGUUUCGGAUUGUACGCGGGCAAGUCAGAUUCGCUUUUCCCACCGUAAAUUCUCGAUAUUUUUCACAAUGGGAACCGAAAAACAGUCUCACCAUCACAAGGAUGGUAAUAAUCGACCGGGCAGAAGAAACCACCCGGGGGGAAAACCGAAGAAUGGUAACUUUUUCCGCCCGGGAAAUCAGCAUCAGAGGAACGGUCAGGACAACGGUGGAGGUGGUAGAGGAAGAGGUGGUGGUGGUGGCGGUAGAGGAAGAGGUGGGUUUAGAGGACGAGGUAGACCUUUCUCCGGUAGAGGAGGGUUUCAGAAUAACAGCGAACGAAGGCAAUAUGCUGGGUCUAGUCAGGAAGUAGCUCGGAAUGGUUCUCAACGUGGUCAGCAUCAGAAACAGCAUUUUAAUAGGUACCAAAACCAGGGACAGGACGUUCCAAAUCGAGGUGGGAACUGGAAUAGAAACAAACCACGUGGUGCCGGCGGAGGUCAUCAUAAUAAACAGCACCAGAGAAAUAACCAGAAUAACCAUCCCAGAAAUCAACAGCAGCAGAACCAAUCGAAGGAAGAUCAUCGGGAGGAACAGAAGAACUUGGAUGAUCACUUUCAAACGAAGCCAGAGAAGCUGAACUACUGUUUGGCACCGGAGAUGCUGGAGGCACAGGCUCGUGCCAUCAAACGCUUCGAACGGGCAGACCAGGAAGCCGAACAGCAACAGAAGCAGAAGGAGAAGGACCGUCGGCAUCGGUUGAUGACAAUGAAAACCAAAAAGGGACAACCGGUCAUGCAGGGUCGUAUGGAGAUGCUGUACGAGAAGGUACAGAAGGUGGUAGGAAAUGGGUAGACUUCUUCUGUGAGGAUGCAACAUUUUGACUUUCAAAUAGUGCUAGUAGAUAGUAAAGCAAGAGUUUUAUUUUUCAUUUAAUAAAUAAAAUACUUUAUUGUUCCUAAAAAAUGAGGUCAGUCACAGGCUGCCUCUUCGUUUAUCGGAAUUUUAUGAAAUACAAUACAUUUAAAGAACUGUUUGAACUUGAAUUGGAUUUGCAAAAACUUGAGUGUGUACAAUUUUACGUUUUGUAUACUUGUUACAGACCGAAAUAAAGAAAAAAAUA